GGAGCAGAUUUCACUGCUCAUUUCCCUUAUUCAUCCCUCCAGAUUUUCUCGCUGAGCGUUGAGCUCAGUCUCCAAACUAAACUGUAAACUGUUCGCGGGCUGCAGAUAUGCGGGUGUUUCUGUUGUUCGCGGUGACGGUGCUGUCUCUGAGCCCGGCGGGGGUGAGCGGAGCCGAGAAGAAGAAGCUGCAGAUCGGCAUCAAGAAGCGAGUGGACAACUGUCCCAUCAAAUCUCGCAAAGGAGACGUGCUGAACAUGCACUAUACGGGCAAGCUGGAGGACGGCACUGAGUUUGACAGCAGCAUACCCCGCGACAGACCCUUCACCUUCACCCUGGGCACCGGACAGGUGAUCAAAGGCUGGGACCAGGGGCUUCUGGGCAUGUGCGAAGGCGAGAAGAGGAAGCUGGUCAUCCCCGCCGAGCUUGGCUACGGAGACCGGGGAGCACCCCCAAAGAUCCCCGGAGGAGCGACUCUCAUCUUCGAAGUGGAGCUGCUCAGCAUCGAGAGGAGAUCCGACCUUUGAUUUAGAAGAGAUGGCAAUUAAGGCAACUUUGAAAACGUUCCAGAAGCUGCUGCAGCAUCAAGUGGAGAUCAUCUGACCUCUGAUAAAGACUACAUGGAAAAUCUGAGAGUAGGGUUGGCACCCUCCAGCAGAGCCACUGUCCUCCUUUCACUGGCUUUGCUUAUUAUGCCCUGAUUUAUUGGACUGACGUUAUUAUAUGACACAAGAACUUACUAUACUGUAUGUCCUUGUAAACCUUAAUGGAAUUGACAGACAGCAGCUAAUCCUAGUAUUUAGCCAGGGGCUGAUGAUAAUGUCACACCCUGAUGUUUCAUCUCACUUUUGUUUUUUCUGAUUUAUAAGUGGGUUCAUUCAUAUCUGUACAUUUUUUACAAAAUAAUUUAGGUUGUUGAUUUAGUUGGAAGUCAGUCAUGGGACAGAUUAGGAUACAUGUUUUUGUUCACAGUAUUUGAAUUCUGAUAAUAAAAUGUUGACCUUACG